UUCGAGGCCACUGAAAGAUACUACGUGAGAGAUACCGGGAUGGUUUUUCGGAAUAGUUUCUUUCAGGUUUUUCUCUGCUUUUGUUUUCAUGUGUAGAAAGCAAAAUUAUGGUACGAUAUUUUCUGAAGUUUUCGUACAUUGGUACUCAAUACAGGGGUUUGCAAAGACAGAGUUCCGACAGUUUUAUACGGAACACAGAUUCUAUCCAGGGUGCUUUAGAAACUGCUCUGCAAAUCGUCAGACCAAAAAGUCUAAUUGUUCCAUCAUUAUGUCUCUCUAGCAGAACAGAUGCUGGAGUUCAUGCUUUAAGCAAUACUGCUCAUGUAGAGCUCGAAAACAAAUAUAAUAUAGUAUAUAAAUCAUCAGAUGUAAAGAGUUACGUAAAUCGUUAUUUUUCCAAAUGUGGUCAUACCAUUAGGUUACUAGAAUGUAUACCUGUCACUCAAGAUUUUCAUGUAAGAUUUGCAUGUAAAUCUCGAACAUAUUUGUACAGAUUUAUGAUACCUAAAAUAUGUGGAGAACAAAGGAUAUCUUUACCAGAAUCAAUACAUACUUAUCAUUUAAGAUCAUACAACUUUGACAUAGAUAGAGCAAGACGUGGUAUACAAUUGUUUAUGGGAACAAAAGACUUUACUACGUUUACCGCGAAAGCAAUAAAUAAAACAAAUCACAAAAUCCACUAUGUACGUGCUUUACAAACUUUUACUUUGGAAGAGGCGCAGCCUUUAAUGCCUUUUGAUCCACUGUCUAAAAAUUUUACAUACUUUCAUUUCACAUGCAAAGCAAAAUCUUUCUUGUACAAUCAGGUCAGACGAAUGAUCGGUGCCCUAAUUGCAUUAGGAUUGGGAAAAAUAACAGAGAAAGAUAUCACUGUAAUGUUACAAGUUCCUUCCCAUCAUAAUUGGAAUACCCAUGUUACACCUGCACCACCGAAUGGUUUACAUCUAUUGAAUGUAGAAUAUGAUUUAGAUGAAUUAAGACGUUGCACCAUAUUACCAGAAGAAGAGCAAGAGACGACACCACAAUUGGAGGAACUACAGUGGGAAGAACAGAAACAAGGACUGCAAUUGAAAGAAUAGAAGACCAAAAAUAUAUGUUGCAAAACUAUUAAUCGCAAAAGUUGAAAAAUAUUAUU